UAUAGUGACUUUCUAUUUCUGUUGUGUAUCUUGAAGAGUAUAUCUAUUCCCAAAAUUGAAAACCCCGCUUAAAACGAUCACUCUUUCCCUACUCAUUCUCUCACACACACCUAAGGGUUUCAUUUCAUCACAGUUUUCAAUUCAUGGAUCCUCAUGCUGUCCAAAUUCCUCCUCCAAUCUUCAAAAAGCAGAAACAGUCCAUUGUCCAUGAUGUGAUUGACAUUGUCGAAGAUAAUAAGAAUGACGAUGAUGAUUUGAUGAUACUUGAUGAAAUAACUCGUAAACAUAACAAGGGGAAGGUACCUGAAGCCCUUCACGAGGGUUAUGGUGAUAAGUCUCGUCGGUUUAUGAAAUAUGUCCGCAGUAAAGUGAAGUCUGCUUUUUUUGGUUCAAAGAAGCAUGGUUUGGCUGGCAAUCCAGAUGCGAUGAAGCCGCCAUAUUUGGGGCAAUUUGGAAGUGCUAAGCCGGGAGCUGGAAGUAGCAGUUCGUUCCAUUCAGAUCUUGUUGGAGAGAAUGGAUCAUUGCAUCCUUCUGGAGUAGAGUCAGGAAACCUUUGGUCGAAGAGUUCUUAUAGUUUCGUUGCCACUCCUAAGCAUGUACAUGGUUCCACUAGUGCUCUCAAAUCUGCAAGAGAUGUGCAUAAAGCUGAAAAUGAAACUCUGAGGAAACUUCGAAGUUUUAAGCAAUUUGAUAUUGUCAUUGACACUUCGGAUCAUCACUUUAUUAAGCAUAAUUCCUCCACAAAGCAGAAUCCAAAGAGUUGGGCUAAAAAAAUCCAGGAAGAGUGGAAGAUUUUGGAGAAGCAUUUGCCGGAUACAAUAUUUGUGAGAGUCUACGAAUCAAGGAUGGAUCUCAUGAGGGCUGUGAUUAUUGGAGCAGAAGGGACUCCUUACCACGACGGUCUUUUCUUUUUUGAUAUUUUCUUUCCCAGUAGCUAUCCCAAUGUACCCCCGAAAGUCCAUUACCACUCUGGAGGUCUUCGGAUCAACCCGAAUUUGUAUAGCUGUGGCAGAGUAUGUCUCAGUCUACUUAACACCUGGUCUGGCAGCACGAAAGAGAAAUGGACUAAAGGUGUUUCAACAAUACUACAAGUUCUAGUCUCCAUACAAGGGCUAAUCUUGAACACACAGCCUUACUUCAACGAACCUGGAUAUGAACAUUCGAGAGGUACACCAAACGGUGAAAAGCAGGCCCAGCAGUAUAACGAAAAAAGAUUCAUUCUAUCGUUGAGGACAAUGAUGUAUACGAUAAGAAAGCCUCCAAAGAAUUUCGAAGACUUAGUUGUAGGGCAUUUCUACAGCCGAGCACAUGAUAUUCUGGCGUCUUGUAAAGCAUACAUGAAUGGUGUUCAAGUUGGUUGUUUGGUCAAAGGCGGGGUUCAAGAUGUUAAUGGGAGUGAAGGAAAACAAUCCUCAGCUCAUUUUAUAUCUGGUUUAGCUGAAUGCAUGCCUUCUCUUGUCCAAGAGUUCGAAAAAGUUGGAGUUAACGACUGUAAGAUAUUUACGUCUCCUCCGGUACCACGCAGUACCCCUCGCAGAAAAUUGUUUUGCUUGACUACAUGAGUGUGAUCAUAGAACAUUUUUUUUUCAAAACUCAAUGGUGAGGAUGAUACUAAAGAGGCUUAUUACAUCAACUUCAAGUUGGUUUUUGUUUUUUCUUUAUCAUCUAUUGUUUCUUGCUCUAAAAGAAAAGCAAGCAAAUCUAGUUUUUAGUUUUCAUCAUCAUUUGUAAUUAUUGAAAUUUGAUGUUAAUUAAUUUUUAAGUAGUUUCAUCCUGUUUUUUUACGCAUAAUUACAUGUAUUUUGUGUAAAACUCUAUCUAUAUAACCAUUUACUAGUAGAAGACCCGUGCGUCCGCACGGGUAAUUUAAAUCUUAAUGCGAAUAAUAUAGUACAAACGAAAUGAGCACAUAUACUAAAAUGUUUCUUAGGAAUAUACUUAGAAAUGUUAAUGUGAAAAUCAUCCUUACUGAUAACUAUAAAUAUGUACAAAUAUUUUAUUGAAUAAAAUAAAAAAAGUAUUGUGGUGAUAGUGACCCGUGAAAAUAGUGAGUUUCAGUGUG